AUGGAAUUUAUUCUAAAAUCUUUGCAAGAUUUAACAAUAGAAUGCCACAUUUGUUGCGGAAAUGCGCUCGUCUCCGAUUUCGUGAACAUUACCACCAAAUGCAAUCAUAAAGUCUGUCGUGCUUGUGUCAAUCAACAUAUUAAUUACCAUUUGAAUACAAAGGGUAUUACUAAAAUUGAAUGUUUUGAGUUAAGUUGCAAGGCUUUGAUGGAAUAUCAGGACAUGAAACGAGUUGCUAGUAAAGAUUUGUUUGAAAGAUAUGAGCAUCUUAGUUUUCGUGAAGCCAUACGACAAAUACCAGAUUUUCGUUGGUGCAAAAAUCCGACAUGCGGUUCGGGACAAGAGCAUUUUGAAAAAGAAAAUUCGCCAAUAAUGAUUUGUGAUGCAUGUGGAAAAAUGACUUGUUAUACUCACGAUGUUUCGUGGCACGAAGGCCUCACUUGUGCGGAAUAUGAAAUUGUGAAGGGUACAAUUGAAGGUGCCACGCGUGAUGCUAUCGAACGCGAGACUAAAAAUUGCCCAGAAUGUGGUGCUAGAAUUUACAAAUAUGGUGAAAAA